AUUCUGCGUUAUGGAAUCAUGACCAUCGCAGAAUUUACUUUUAAAAAAACGAAGUAAAUCUAUAUCCUUGCAUCCACUUGAAAUUUUAUUAAAUAUGGUUUUGAAACUAAUUUAUACUGGGGUUAAAUCCUGUUAACAACGCAUGUUGUGACCUGAGCUGAUGGCGGCUAGUUUAUCUUUUUUUUUCAGCUGAUCACAUUGGGCUGGUAAUGACUGAAAUCAGACGUCAAGCCAUAUAGAAUUUUAUGUUUUUUAUGGUUUUAUAUUUGGUGCCCGACAGUCCUGCAUUUGUUCAAGUGCAGGAUUUAAAAUACAAUGACAGAAAGAUCUUAAAAGCAACAGCAAGACACCUGACAGCACAAUGGCUUCACGAGCUACAGACUCAAGUGGUGGUGGAUCUCUCACUCCAUCAGAGCAGAGUGGAGAAGAACGCAGUGACCAUGAUUCAGACUAUGAGACUGAUGAUGGGGAACAGGAAGAAGAAAAUGCCAGGGAUAAAAAUUUUAACAUCAUGUGGACAGGCUAUGGAAAACGCACUCCAGUUAUUCUGUUUAAUUCAAACUGCAUUCUGCACAAAAAAACUGAUCUUAAGGCUAUUGGAGAGCGGUAUCACUUAGCCUUCAAGUUUGGCACAUCAGAUUGCAAGAUCAUCCGAACUAUUCUUCACAGCCAUGGCUUCCAUGAAGUACACCCCAACAGUCAAGACUUUAAUCUGAUGUGGACAAACGCUCACUUAAAGCCUUUCACACUGCGCUUACUGACUGAAUUCCAGAAAAUCAACCACUUUCCCAGAUCUUAUGAAUUGACAAGAAAGGACAGGCUCUUCAAAAACAUACAGCGCAUGCAGCAAAUCAAGGGAGCAAGACACUUUGACUUUGUUCCUCAAAGUUAUGUUCUGCCAACUGAAUAUCAGGACUUUUGUACUUAUUUCCUCAAAGAUCGAGGGCCAUGGAUUGUCAAGCCAGUUGCAUCUUCGAGGGGAAGAGGAGUUUUUCUUGUGAAUCAUCCAGAUCAAGUGCCACUAGAUGAAAAUCUGAUUGUUUGUCGUUACAUCGAUAAUCCUCUGGUCAUCGAUGGUUUCAAGUUUGACAUUCGACUGUAUGUAGCAGUAACUUGCUAUGAUCCUCUUGUCAUUUACUUAUAUGAAGAGGGCCUUACAAGGUUUGCUACUGUCAAGUAUGAAAAAAGCUUCAGACAUCUGCGUAACCAGUGCAUGCAUCUGACCAACUACAGCAUUAACAAGAAAAGUCGGGAUUAUGUCAAGAAUGAUGACCCAGACGUUGAGGACUAUGGUAACAAGUGGUCCAUGGGAGCAAUGUUGCGUUACUUACGUUCCCUUGGCAAAGAUACAACUGCCCUGAUGAUGAAGAUAGAAGAUGCAGUGAUUAAGACAAUCCUUUCUGUGGAGUUGUCCAUAGCAACUGCCUGCAAGAUGUUCAUGCCUUUCAGGGGAAACUGUUUUGAACUUUAUGGGUUUGAUAUAUUGGUGGAUGAGAGUUUUAAACCCUGGGUGCUUGAGGUCAACUUAUCUCCAUCCUUGGCAUGUGACAGUCCACUGGAUCUGAAAAUCAAGGGCAAUAUGCUGUGUGACCUGUUUAGCCUUGUUGGAAUUGUGUGCCAUGAUCCCCUGACGAAAAACAUGAUUCCGCAAUGCCACAGAAAUCAAGAAACUGCUUCAAAGAUUUCCGCCCGCACUAAGUCUGCUUUUACUAGGCCCGUGUCUGCCAGGAUGUCACCUCCAGUCUUGAAAAAUCGACCUCUUUCUGCAUCCUCAUCAGCAAAAACUUUGUCAGGGCCUAGCUGGGCUGGGCUGAACAGUGAGGAAAUAAAAAUCCUACGACGAAUCAAAGAGGAAGAACAGCGACAGGAGGGAUGGAUCCGCAUCUUCCCUGGCCCGGACACCUGGGACAUAUAUGGGUCCUUUCUACAGUUUAACACAACCCACAACUUGAUGUUGCACCAAAGACUUUAUCCAGAAAGACACAAAAUGUGCUUAAAAAUGACAGCACCAGCUGUUUCUUCAGCAAUUGCAAGAUCCAAAAAUGCCAGCCAACACAUUUCUAAUGCUAGCCACACAAACUCCAAGUUGGACCUGGAGACAGUUGAUGCUUACUCACAGGCCUUAGUGAGAGCACGAAAAUAUGAGAGGAAACUAGGAAGCAGGUCUCAAAAGCCUAAAACUAAAUCUCACAAAAAAGGAAGAGCAUGCAGAAAAAUACAGCUUGUCCAAGGUGUGGCAGAAGAUGAGGAAGACAUGGAGAACCAGUCUUGUGAAGAGGAAGAGGGUGAAACCAGAAGUAGGCAAGGGGAAGAGGAAGAGAAGAAGAAAGAUUCAGAGGAUCGUGAGGUGAAACCUGGCCUGCAAGAAAGCACAGAGGUCAAAGUGCAAGAAUUACACACUCAGGAGGUCAAAGUAGACUUACCACCUGCCCCUCCCCAAUCUCUUCCUCCUCCACCUGCAGAGCCACGUUACAAUGUUGUGGAGCUGCUAGUCAAGGGCGUGACUCUGACCAAAAUGCAAGCUCGUUCAGCCUUUGCAGCAUACCUGCUUUGCGUCCAGCACAGGCUUAUCUCUGAGACUGGACCUUUGCUUCAGGAAGAUGUGGAUGCUCUCAAUGAGCAAAUGGAUCUUGUUUUACGAUUUCUAAAGCGAGCUGCUGUAAACCUACAGCAGACUUUUCGAGUUUGUGUUCCCAGCAGAAAACUUCCACUUGGAGACAGACGACGAAUCCUGGCAAAGCAGCUUGGAGAUUUUGUACAUAUUUACAACAAAGAGACAGGACAGUUCAAAGAUAUGGAGACACUGAACAAGCAGUCUGUUUCUGUGGACCCUAGAAUAUCAGAAUAUGAAAAUAAGUUAAAUGAGAGCAAGUUUGACCAUUUUGUUUCUACAGCCAGUGAGGCAGAAUUGGAGGAGGUGCUAACAACAUACACAAAGCUGAACAAGUCUGCCAGUAUCUUUUUGGGCAGCAGUUCCAAACAGCCUUCCCACAACACAAGUAAAAGUGGAAGUGAUGACAAGACUUCUUGCACUUUAGAGAUCAUGCUCCCUGAUCCAGACACUCAGUCUCAGCAACACAGUGCACACAGUGCUGCAGAAGGAGAUUCAAAAUGUCAUACCAGACCACCUGGCUCUGGAGAAGAUUAUGCAGUGAUUCCAGAAAACAGAAGUGGGAUUCCUUUGAGGUCUCCUCAGGACAUGCACAAGCAUCAUCUUCCUUCAACAGUGCUGUGUCCAUCUACUCACAGAAGAUAUUCAGACCCAGCUCAGCCAACAUAUACAAGCCUCCAGAAUGCCGUAUCAGCCUUGAAUUUAAACAGACUGCUAGGUCAAUAUCUCGACCUUCUUCUGCAUUUUCAAAGUGUUCCCCUUACUCCACAAUGGAGCCAGUUGUUGACACCUACCAUGAACAAGCAAUUCAGGAAGCUUUGCAUCGACUGGCCAUCAGGCAACAAGCACGACAGUACUCCCCCAUCAACAGUUCCAGCACUCUGAGAUCAGAAGUGGGAGGUACCCACAGCCGUUCCCACACUUCCGUCUUGCCGAGAGGGGGAUCAUUGACAAAUAUAAGUGAUCAAAGCAAGGAGCUGAGUGUUGAUGAGAACCAACUUCUUGUGCACAGUGGACAAGAU